GCGUGUGUCUGUACUUGUAACUAUGUAUAUACAAUCAUUACCAGGAUUGAAGUGUACUGUACCCCCCGGAUUUCGUCGGCUUUCUUAUUUCGCUACCCUGAAGAUUCACAAAAGCAUGAUAUCCGCCUGCCUGCGUCGGAGCAGACCGACCAACAGCUCCAAAUGGUUCACAUGGAGCCUGUAAGGAUGCCCAAGAAGUUGAGCAUCAAGCCAUGGCAUCGCCAACCACCCGGGCCGGCAUCACACUCCGCCUGCUCUCCCACCGGACGGCCAUACUCACCAUACCCUUACCGAGAUCUUCCCAAAACACCAGGCGAACAACAUCUUUCCCGCGCCCUAACCAAGACCGCACCAGCAUCGCCCACCCGCGAUACGACAUUUCACCUCUUCCCUCUGCUUCCAACUGAACUUCGCCUCCAGAUAUGGCGCGAAGCGAUGCUCGCGGCUUGCGCAGCCAGCCGUGUACAUCGCGUUCGCCUGGUCAUAACCUACCACAUGGUCUCAGACGACGGCGAACCCACGUCGCCAACAGCAGCGACGACGCCAACUACAGCGACAAAGAGGACAGUCCCAUCCCUCCAGGUUCACCCCACCGCCCACCUCGCAGCCUCUACUUUUGCCACCCGUGCCCUGUUAUCCUCGUGUUCCGAGGCCCGCCACGAACUCCUCCGGCCCGGCAUCGUCUCGAACUUCCUCCCUGACACCCUUCCCGUUUACUUUCAUCCUCGGCCAUGGCAUGAUCGCCAUUCCGGGGCGAUGCAAGGGCCAUCGACGUCCGCGAGGGGAAUUGUGCGGCUCGACCUGGCCCGCGACAUCCUCCUGCUCGACUCGCUCUCGGCCGACCUGCUGUUGCAGCUCGCGGACGCAAGGUACUUUGAGCCGGGCCUGUUGGACCCGCUCCAGGGGGUCAGAAGGCUGGGCCUGGACGUGGACGGGUUGAUGUCGCCGCCGGAGACGGAAGGGGGCGACGACGGCAGUCGUGGGAUUGGUGAUGGUGAUGGUGAUGGUGAUGGUGAUGGUGAUGGUGAUGGUGAUGGUGAUGGUGAUGGUGAUGGUGACGGUGGAACAGAUCUGUCCGAGGGGGCCGUGGUCCCGCCCAUGGUGGAGAUGGCGCUGGUGAGACUGGUCGGCUUGAUGGGAGGUGACGGGGGACUGGAGGCAGUCUAUCUGCUCGGGGAGAGCGCCUGGGUCGGAGGGGACCAGGAUGAACAGGAGCCCGGGGCCAUGUCACCCGUCCAAGGGAAGGAGCAGGGACACCUCUUCCUCGGCGGGGAAGGAGAAUCGGAGUGGUACAGCACACGCCCCUUUCCGUCGUACUAUGUGGACAGCGGAUACCAUGCGCGGUUGGCGAGGUUGAUGCGGCUCUUGUGCCAGUUAAGGCAGGCUAUGGAUGCGCCUGCUGUCGUCACGGACCUGGAUGACGAGGAGGUACUGGAGAGGCUGGAAGAGACGAAGCUGCGGGUCCUGGGCCAUUAUUAUAUCGUCCAGCCCGGAAGCGGGCGUCCCGAAGGGCUUCAGUUGUCGAGUGCCGAACUGUGUCUCGAGGCUGCAUUGGGCCGAGAGCCGCGGUGGGUGCAGUGGGAGUGGGUCUGUCAGUGUCUUGAUUGUUGAGUUUGCCACAGGAGGGCAAAGUAUUUGCUUUCGUCUUCUCGAAGUCGGCGUUGGGCGGGUGGGCUUUGGUUCGGCAUAGGGAUGGUGCCGAACGCAGUGGGAGCUCCGGGAGCGUUGAAAGCAGUCUACAGCGGGGUGGCUGUACGAAGGAGACAGUGCCUUGUUAAAGCUAUCUACAAAGGAGACAAAACGAGUGGUAUUUAUAGACAAAGGGACUGGCCAAUGCGUUGAACAGCCUCAUACAGCUGUGGCAAACGCGUGGCUAAUACGCUUGGAAGCUCCACAGCUUCCGACAGAUGGUGCCGAACGCAGUGGGAGCUCCGGGAGCGUUGAAAGCAGUCUGCAGCGGGGUGGCUAUACGAA